AUCCCGGGAUUUACGUAAGCAGCUUUUCAAUCAAACACGCCAUAUAUUAACUUCCGGUUUAUUGACAGUUGCACAAUUGUAAGUAAAAUAUUUCGUUAGUAUCAGUAACGUGAAAUACAUCUGCAGAUUAAAGACAGGAUUCCAGAAGAAAAUUAAAAGAUAUGCCAAAGAAAUUCAAAGGAGAAAACACAAAGGCUACUGCCGCUAAAGAAAGGCGGUCUGCCCAGCAGGCCGAGAUUCAGGCCAAGAAACAGAAAGAUCAAGAAGAUGCUUACUGGGCAGAUGAUGACAAACAUGUUGCUAAGAAACAACAGAGAAAGGAAGAAAAAGAGAAGAAGAGACUUGAGCAGCUAGAACAUAAAAAAGAGCUAGCUAAACUUGCAGAGGAAGAAAUGGAGUGUGUCAAAGCAUCAAAACCUAAAACUGCUCAGAAAAUGUCUCGUGCUCAGAUCGCAGCGCAGCAGGAACAAUUGAGACAGGAAGCUGCAGCAGCUCAAGCAAAAGAGGAUUCUAAAGUACAUCAUGAGUUACCUCUAGAGGAGAAUGUGAACAGACUAGAACCUGAAGGAGAGGAAGCCAGAUCUGUUGAAGAUGCCAUUGCUGUUCUAAGUGUAAAAGAAGCGGAACUUGAAAAACACCCUGAGAAGAGGAUGAAGGCAGCCUUCCAAAAAUUUGAAGAGGAAAAUCUCCCCAUUUUAAAACAGGAAAAUCCUAACAUGAGACUCUCACAAUUAAAACAUAUGUUGAAAAAAGACUGGAUGAAAUCACCUGCCAAUCCCAUGAAUCAAAGAUUUGCAGAAUAUAACGAAAAGCGAUAGCAUGCUUAAAUACUCUGUUAAAAUGAAAGUGAAUGUGGAAUGUUGUUAGAGAGUAAGAUAUGUUGUACAACACUAUGGAAUUCAGUUACAGUUUAUAAAAAGAUACAGCAGCCAUUAUAAUUCUGUGAAGUUUCAGGUCGCAGCUCAUUUUGUCACUUUUGUCUUAUGCAGAUCAGUUAAGCCUCUUUGUGAAUUUGAAAUUCUGAGAGCUUCUCUAUGAUCAAGACUCACAAAAAGUUUGUGACUCCGUGUAACAAAGUGGUUGAUAGCUUAUCAUGCAUUAGUCAAUUUUAACACCUAUCCCACAAUAACAGUGGGUAAUUGCAUCUAUUUUCUUAACUCGCAAGAAAUUACACGAGUUGAAUUAAAUAUGCUUGCAAUAAAUAAUACGUUAUACAGAAGUAUCAGUACCACACAAUAACAUUGAAUUAUAAUGAGUUGCAAUAAUUGAUACAGUGUGGUGUGAUGGGUCCUUAACCUGGGAUUUUAUAGUAGCAUUUAAACUUCUAAAAUUAACUGUUUGUCUGCUGGCAGCACCUGAUGUUGCUCAUGCCACCAUUGGAGACCAAGAUCAGCUGGCAACUCAGUGCAGUCUUAUCAUUGCACUAUUUGUAUACUGUCACUACAUAUUUUGAAGGUUUCCCUGAAAAUGAUCGAUGAUUAUUGAUUUUGUUCAGAUUAAAAGAUUGAGGAGUCCAUUUAAGAUAUUUAAUGUGGUAUGGGUUAAUACUUGAUACAGAGGGUAUUGUAGUUUAUCUAUUUUACGCUACUAGUACAUCAUGGUUGCUGAUUAUUUGCUUUAAUGACAGUUUUGCCAGUUGAAGUUGUUAGGUUUUUUUUGGUUUGUCUAUUUAGGAUUUUUUUUUACAAAUUUUGAACAAUGUAUACGAGCAGAUAUUAGAUGUAUUUAAAAAUAUAUAAAAUUUCAUUGAAUUUUAAAAUUAUGGUUAAAUGUAACUUUCAAACUUUGUUUUAGGAAAUUAAGAAAUUAGAAUAAAAUGAAAAUGGCUGGAAAAUAAUAUAAAAUUGUCAAAACUUUAUUGCUUGUAAAAGAGAUUGUAAAACAGAAAAUCUAUCUGUUGUGCCCAAAACAGUGUUGUAUUAUACAUGUACUUGUACAUGUAAUGAUGAUAGAAAAAGUGCUUUUAUCACAAUUGUGUAAAACUAGGAACAGAAUUGAACUGUUGGUUAGAUAAAAUGUUUAUACAUUUUAUAAUUUGUGAAUAAAGUCAUUAAGUUUUA